GGCGCGCCACAACAGCAGCAGCGCGGCGGGGCUGGGGGCGCUGCCGGGGCCGGCCGGGAGCGGCGGGAGGGACCACGCGGGCGGGCGUGGCGCUGACGUGGCGGCGGCACCCGCACCAUGCGGGACGGUAGUGGUGGCGGUGGCUCGGACACCAGGACUGGACAUCACAGACAGCAGAAGCUCAAGAAGUCCUUAGGAAAUAAAAAGUGUAAGCAACUUGAGGAGGUGGAAGCUGCUGUUGUAGGAGUGAGCAGUGACUCUGAGGACACAGUCACCAGCACUUCCCCUGCCUCCCCAGAGGCCCCAGUGAAUGGGAGUGCAGAACCCAGGAGCAAGCGGACCAUUCGCAGGCCUGCUUACUGGUUGGAAAUGAGAGGAAUGAAAAACAGUGUGAACAAAACUUCAGAAAAAAAAGGGGAAGUACUGUUGAAAGGCAAGAGGAAAUCUGAGCAAAGAGAAGGCAAAGAUGUUAAAGACUCUCCCAAGAAGAAGCAGAAGAUUUCGGGGAAAAAACAGCAAACUGGAACAAAAACAAACUCCAGAACAAAACGCCACAGUGUUCAGAAAGAGCCAGAAACCUAUGACACAGGUAGUAUGGAAGCACAGUGGUCUUUAGAGAUUCAGGACAAAGGCCGAGUUACCUGUCCCACGUGCCGAGCUGUGGUAAGGAAGACUGUAGAAGGACUGAAGAAACAUAUGGUGAAUUGCAGGAAGGAGAUGUUCACGUGUCAGCACUGCGGGAAGCAGCUGAAGUCUUUAGCAGGGAUGAAAUACCAUGUCAUGGCAGACCAUAACAAUCAGCCAGUUAUGAAGGAGGGAGAAGAACUGGAUGAGCAGCUUGAGCGAGAGCGCCUUCGGAAGGUUUUGAAGCGAAUGGGAAAACUAAAGUGUGCAAGGGAGGGCUGCACAGGCAGCUUCACCAGCAUAAUGGGAUACCUAUAUCAUAUUAAAAAAUGUGGGAAGGCUGCUUCUGAGCUGGAGAAAAUGGCUAUGAAGUGCCAUCACUGUGGGAAAGCAUACAGGUCAAAGGCAGGACUUGUCUACCACCUCAGAUCGAAGCACGGGCCGGUCACUUUCCUCCAUGAGGAGAGAACAGAGAACCUGAAAGAAAUGAAACGGGAGCAAAACAGCGCAGGCAGAGUUCAGAGGAGAUCUGCAAAGGUGGCAAUCUACUAUCUCCAUGAGCUGGCAGGAGAAGAGCUGGCCAAAGAGUGGCCCAAAAGAAAAGUUCUGCAGGACUUGAUUCCAGAUGACCGGAAGCUGAAAUACACUCGUCCUGGACUGCCCACAUUUAGUCAAGAUGUGCUGUGCAAAUGGAAAACGGAGAUAAAGAUGUACCGAAGAGUCCACUGCCCAAAUCAGGGUUGUGAAUCUGUGUAUGGCAGUGUCUCAGGACUCAAGUCUCACCUUGGCACAUGUACCUUGGGAGACUUUGUGGCUGGUAAAUACAAGUGUCUCCUGUGUGAGAAGGAGUUCAUUUCGGAGAGUGGGGUCAAGUAUCACAUCAACUCUGUGCACGCUGAGGACUGGUUUGAUAUGAAUACAACGACCACCAAAAGCUUUGAGAAGCUAAUGAAAAUUCGGCAAAGGGAAGAGCAGAAGAAGCAACGGAAGAAACGUCCUUUGACCAGGGGCAAAAAGAAGAGAGCUGGUACCCUGGCUGCCAAGAAGCUCACUGCUGUUGGAGCUGAAAAAACAAGGAGAAGUAAGAGAGGUCGUCCACAACGAGCAGACGAGAGCGCGAGCAGUGAGGAAGGGGCACCCCAAGUUGCACAGAAAGCUGAAGUUCCAAAAACCAACCAUGAGCGAGGCCGAAGUAAAUCCCUAGAAGAUGAGAAGGAGUAAUCCUAAAGCUUUUCAGUUACAAGCCCCACUUCUGUCAGGCUCAUAACUCACAGCACUAAUAUAAGCAACUGAAUGCCUUUGGGACUGUGACUCAGUUCUACAGGUGACUUUGAUACUGAAACAUCUGGUCAGUUGUGAGGAAUUCAAACCAAAGCUGUGGGGCAGAGGCUGCUUCUGCCAGUGGAGUUCCUUUGGACAGUGGCACUCGCAGUGUGAUUCCUGCUCUGGUUGCAGUCUCAGUUUGGUCAUACUAGUUGCUUGUAUAGUGGUUUCCAGUACAGCAAGUGUCUGUUUUGUCAUCUUCCUCUGAUGUGUGAGAUCAGGGUUCUUUUUUAUAGUUCUUCUCAAAAGGGACUGACUAGCACAAUGUUUAGGUCUCUUCAACGGGGAAAUCUUUCCUUGCACAGAAUGCACCCACACUAAACAUGAGAACAGUUCUGUGCAGAAUGCAAAGACUCUGGCUUGCCCUGUCACUCUCCUGUCUGUUGUCAGCAAGGCUGCCACAAAAGAGACCUUCUCAGUGUUUGCUGUAUCCUGUUGCACAAAGCUCUGUUUCAUACCCUGGUGUUUAGGCUCAGCACCAGACAGCACCAGACGUGGAAGUGAUGGAAGGUCAUUAUUACCCUUGUCAGGAACCCACUGUUCCUCCUGCAUCUGUCUCCUGUAAUGCUGGACAUUAAGCAUGUGUAGAAAGUCUUCCAGUGCUGCAACAACUGAAUGCUCUCAAGCCUUUGGAGAUUCACCAGCCUUUUAGAGAUCUCGGUAACUGAUGUACUGAGAUGGCCUUUGUGUGCCCUCUGAAGCCCACCUGUUCAGUGCUCACCUGGGAGGCAUACUGCAAGACAGAGCAUCCCUACAUGAGCAGCCUGCUAGUCCUGGGACCAGGUUCCACGAAGCUGCCUUGCCAGCAUGUGGUUCUUUGUCAUGCCAGUGCUCCCACAGUGUCUUUUCCCCCUCUGCAGAUACCCCCUUCAUUGUCUUACAUAACUUGUUUCUUUUCAGUAUCACCUCUCUGUGCAAAUGAGAUCUAUUAGCAGUGGCUUCCCUAUAUAGAAAAGGUUAAAAGAGGGGUCACCAUUUUAAGUCAUGUUGUUGGCAUUUUUUCUGGAUCAUAAGGCAUAAUAUCUUCCUGUCUCUAUAAAACAUAGAAUGUUAAGGGAUUGGAAUGGACCUUAAAGAUCAUUUAGUCUCACUCUCUGCUGCCAUGACCAGGGACAUGUCCCACUAGACCAGGUUGCUCAAGGCCUUAUCCAGCCUGGCUUUGAACACUGCCAGGGCUGAGGCACCCAGAGCCUCCCUGGGCAACCUGUUCAGCGUCUGAGUGCUGCAGAUGCCAGAGAAGCUAGCAGGAAGCAGCAGCACAGGUAGUCCUAUUUUUCAAAGAAUGAGUUCUCCAGACUUUGUCAUCCAAAGACCCAUCAUACCAGAAAAUUGCAAAAUUUUCACUGUCUGACAAAGUUGCUGGUGCUGAAAUUCCCAGGGAAGGCAUUGCAGUUUGUGGGGAACAGGCAGAUUUGUACAUGUGUGUUAGUACCAGCACAAUCCCAUUGUUUCUGACAGCAGGGAAUACUGUAGGGCCAAGGUGGUCUCCAGAACUUUCUUUGGAACUAGGUGCUGCUGUGUUUGCAGGUGCUGUGCUGAAAGCAGAUGUGGAGACUCUAUAGGGCGUGUAGAGUCUGCAGUGAGAUGGGCAAGAUCAGAAAACAACAAAAUAAAAUGUCACCAGUGCAAGAA